AAAUCCCUAAAGGAAGCGUAUAGAAAACAUAGAACAACACCAGUAUUGUUGAGCUCGUGGUACACUAAGUCAAUAGCAAAACCAAAGGCAGCAAUAGCCAUCUGCAGGAAGAGGAACACAUCGAAAGAGGAGUGAAGACAGAGCCAUGAUCUCGCAGUUCUUCGUCCUCUCUCAGCGUGGCGAUAACAUCGUCUUUCGAGACUACCGUGGUGAAGUGCCGAAAGGUAGUGCAGAGAUAUUUUUUCGGAAAGUGAAGUUUUGGGAAGAUGGAGGGCUCGAGGAGGCACCACCUGUCUUUAAUGUGGAUGGUGUAAAUUACUUUCACGUGAAAGUUGUUGGGUUAUUGUUUGUUGCAACUACAAGAGUUAAUACGUCACCUUCCUAUGUCUUGGAGCUUUUACAAAGAAUUGCUCGUGUUAUCAAAGAUUACCUUGGCAUUCUCAAUGAGGACUCAUUACGGAAGAACUUUGUGCUUGUGUACGAGUUACUUGAUGAAGUUAUUGAUUUUGGUUAUGUGCAAACAACAUCUACCGAAUUGUUGAAGUCCUAUGUUUUCAAUGAGCCACUAGUGGUUGAUGCCACACGUAUGCCACCUCUUGGACCUGCUACACUUUUUGCGCAAGGGACAAAAAGAAUGCCUGGGAUAGCUGUCACAAAAUCAGUGGUUGCAACAGAGCCUGGAGGUAGAAAGAGGGAGGAAAUAUUUGUAGACAUAAUUGAGAAAAUCAGCAUCACUUUUAGCUCUAGUGGCUAUAUACUAACUUCUGAGAUUGAUGGCACCAUACAAAUGAAGAGCUAUCUUUCUGGCAAUCCUGAAAUUCGAUUAGCUCUUAAUGAUGACCUUGCCAUUGGAAGAGGCCAAGGACCUGUUUAUGGUUAUAGGAGUUCAACAGGCUCAGGAGUAGUGGUAUUAGAUGACUGUAAUUUCCAUGAAUCUGUUCGUCUUGAUAGUUUUGAAGUAGACAGAACUCUAUCCCUGGUACCACCAGAUGGUGAAUUUCCUGUCAUGAAUUACCGUAUGACCCAGGAAUUCAAGCCUCCUUUCCGUAUCAAUGCUUUGAUUGAAGAAGCAGGGGCCCAUAAGGCAGAAGUCAUUCUUAAAGUACGUGCCGAGUUUGCAUCAAGUAUAACUGCAAAUACGAUCAAAGUGCAGAUGCCACUACCAAAAUACACCAAUAGAGUGAGUUUUGAGCUGGAACCUGGAGCUUCUGGACAAACAACUGAUUUCAAGGAGGCAAAUAAGAGGCUAGAGUGGAAUUUAAAAAAGGCAACAGUUCUUGUCAUUUUUUACUCCCUUUCCCCGGUUGUCGGAGGAUGUGAACAUACUCUACGUGCAAAGCUUAGCUUUUCUCAGGAAUUACAUGGUAACAUAACAAAAGAAUCUGGACCUGUUAGCAUGACGUUUACCAUUCCAAUGUAUAAUGCAUCUCGGCUUCAGGUAAAAUACUUGCAGAUAGCAAAGAAAUAUGGAACUCAUGAACCAUAUAGAUGGGUGAGAUAUGUGACGCAGGCCAACUCCUACGUUGCUCGCAUAUGAUGCAAUUAAGAAGAGUGCCCCACAGCUCUUCUUAGUGCUCUUUAUUAUCCCAUGGUUUCCCUUUAUUUACUUUAUUCUUUAUUUGUAAAUUACAUUUUAAGUCAGACAGACCAUAAUAGUCGCUCUAUCAUUCAUUGAUCAUAAAACCAGCUUGGUUUACAACGUGGGAUGAAUUCAGUCACUUUAUUUAUAUAUUUUUUCAUCGUAUUAGUGGAUCACUCGGUCUUAUUGUAGAGUGUUAAUGAGAAAUUGACAAUGUCGAUUGCAGGGAUUGUUAAA